UAUUUUUUGUACUCUUUCUCAAAUAUCAUAACCCAAAAUAGCCUUUUUAAAAAGUUUCCAGCAUGUUGCCAACUUACACUCGGUGUCAGCGUACUUUGUUUCGAAAUAGUAUACGGAAAUAUCAUACACUAACACAGCAUCUGGUCCUCUUUGGAAGUCUGGUUUGCCUUUAUUAUUUAUAUUUUCCUGGUGGACUAAGUUUAGACUUGAUGAAGCCAGUUUUGUCGAUGAAUGCUGCUAUUGAAAACCAAGUUAAUAAGAGUACCAUUGGAAAAAGCAAAACGAUAACUAUUUCAACUACAAUUACGACUAACAUGUCGGCAACCGAACUAAAGUUCAAAUCAACUUGCAGCAUGGCUGCUGAUCACAGAGGCUUUCAUCAAAACGUCAUAGGCUAUUCCAUUUACGGCGAUUUUUCCGACUCAAAUUUUUACGGACAGUAUUUGAGUGUUUUUUCAGAAACUCUGAGGACAAUCCCGAUUAGAUAUCCAGGAUGGGUUGUAAGGAUUUAUCACAAUAUAACCAUGGAAAACGUGGAAAGUUGGACAAUACUCAACAAUAUCCUUGAUUUGGGCCACCAUAUUGACCUCUGCAAUGCGACACAAAUAAUCAAGAACCGAGAAUUAUCCGAUAUUUUCGCUAUGACCUGGCGUUGGUUGCCCUUGUUGGAUGAUAUGGUGGAUAGCUUCAUGUCAAGGGAUACUGACAGCCUUAUAAUUCAUCGUGAAGUUGAUGCCGUUCAUGAAUGGCUUGCGAGCAACACAACCUUUCACAUAAUGAGAGAUCAUCCCUAUCAUGAUUGGUUUUUUAUUGGAUGUUGUUGGGGAGUGAAAAUUCACCAAGAACGCUCUGCAAUUGUUGCCGCAGCCAAGAAAAUGUUCUACGAAAACCACUUGCACCAAUACAAUUAUGAUCAAACAUUGCUGAUUAGAUACUACCAAUCAAUAGCUGUCAAAAGCAUGGUAUGUAUAAAAUAAUAUACUUUCUAAAAGAGGGGUUUGCUAACACUACACGAUUAGUAAAAACCAAACGGUUAUCUUUACCCAAAAUGGACUCAAACAUAAAAUGUGCACAUAGCCUAGUUCGUAAGACCUUAUACAGAUUGUUUGUCCCAUUGGUGUUUCAAAGUAAUACAUUAACAGGAUAAACAUUCUUGGCACUAAUUUAAGGGUGGAU